GCAAUGUGUUCGUACCAGACUCAUCCGCUUGUCAACAGCCUUGCUAUGGCCCAUGUGCGGCUGAUCUUAGCCGUUGUAGCUGCAGUGUUCUUUGUGACAGGUUGCAUCUGUGCCAGUAUUGCUCAUGCGCAAUUCAAAGGCGAUGACCCAACCAAGUGGUACCCCAAGGAUGGUGGAUGGGCUUUCCAUGUCGCAAGCACAGUCUCAGAGUGGGUUUGUGCUGGAGCAUUUAACAUUUUCAUGCUGACGCUAGUGGAUGAGUUUAAGUGCAUCUCCAUGGAUCCUCCACAAGUCUAUGUAUCUGUUGAAACACUGGCACCAACACAAUACAGUGGCAUUGGGGAGCCUGAUCAAGCAACUGAUGACGUGCAGGCAAUCCUGUCGCAGUCCUACAUAACCUGAGGACAACCCUCCCAGUCAGCUAGCUGUAUGUCUGCUGGCUGCUUCUCUGGGGGGGUAGGAAAGGACAGUGCUGCAAGGACCCAUCUCUCACAGUGCUGGAAUGGUGGGCUGUGCCGUGAUUUAAGUCUUGUUAACUGGCCUUGGGGUAGGUGUUUUAGUUUUUCGUGUGAGGGGAGUGUGGUCCUCGAUGAUGAAAGCGUGCCAUGUCUCGAACAUUCUCCUGAGGCCAUGACUCGGGAAACCAUAGCAGGCUGCACAGUGUCAGAAACUAUCCAGCCUCAGGCGGAGAUAAUCAGUGACUGUGGUGCUGGCAUACUGCCAUGCAUGCGAGCUACAACUGCCUGCAUGGUGACCCAUGUUGAUAGUAAUGCUGUUUUUGAUGAAUCUGCAAGAGAAAAUUUGUGUCAGGCCAUAAGAAAACAUUCUGCUAGAGGUUAUAGUUCAUUUGAGCCCUCACCACCGCAGGAGGAAGUCUGUAGCAUGACUCAAGCAAGCAAAGAAGUACAGAAUUGGACACAUUUACCUGAGGAACUUAAACCUUUAUUGGAGCAAGAAGAUGGUCUGUCAAAUGAGGACUGCAUCAGUGAUGGAAUUGUAAAUGACUUAGGCUAUACUGUUAAUAAAAACAUUUCAUAUAACAAGGUAUUGCCUUUUCCAGUGAUUUCAAAAAGUAUAAAUACAUUGGAAACUUUUGGAGGAGAAAAGUAUGUAUUAGAUUAUAAUGAGUACGCAAAGUCUCAUGCAGUUUCAUUGGGUUUGGAGGAUGAAGUCAGAUGUCACGAUAAUGACUUAUCGGCAUCACUACCAGUGACACCCAGGGAAACAAUGGUCCUAUGUAAUGAUUUAGAUAGUGACUGUCAAGUGGUUCCUCUGUCAUUCAGUCCAAAUCUCUACCCUGAUCUGGGUUCUGUUCCUCGUAUUAAUUGUCAAGUUUCAGACAAAAGUAUUGUGCCUCAGAGGCAGUACAACUCUGUUGUAAAUACAUCUUGUAACAAUGCAUCUUUUGUAACACUUAUGGGUCAGAACAGAAGUCCUGCCAGUCUGCCAGCAUCUUGGCCUCGUAGGAGACCGCACUCACUCCGUGUAGCUGUGUGCUACUCUGAUCCAGAAUGUAGGCAUAAGGGAACUUUUAUAGACUCCCCUUCCAAUCAGGAAAUAGGCCUAAAUGAUAUGUCUGUCAAAACCCAAGCUUUGUCCCCUUUUUCUAGCACAACUAGCUUUUUAAGAGAGAGGAAUGGUUCUCCUGUUGCAAGUUCUGAGUCAUACAGGGAUGAUGAUAUUGCAGAGACUAAAUCAGCAGUUGAUACUAACCACUCUCUUCAAGUAGAUCAUAAAGAUGUGGAGGAAGUUCAAACUAGGUUAAGAGAUGAAGAACUCACAGCGAAGAGAUCAGAGUCAGAAGAAAACCAAUGUAAGGAAUCUUCUGAAGACUUGAAGAUGAGCACAUCAGCAGAUUGUUCCAUGAACAGUGAUACCAGAGCAAUAGUAUUACAGUCUGUGCCUCAGGACUCACAGACUGAAAGCAAUCCUACUCAUAACUUUGAGAAUAAGGAGACUGUGUAUAAUGACAGUCUCAUGUCUCCAAGCAGUGAUAAAGAAAAUGAUCCUGCCCUACUGUCUGUCAGACCCAAAAUUCAUAGUUUAAACAAAGAUCACAGUUCACCCAAAAAAAAGAAAACUUCUCCCAAGAAGAAAUUCAGAUCGCCCAAAAAACAGAAACUACAAGACAAUUCUAAGAUUCAGAAGAGUCUUCCACAAGAUGAUAAUGAGUCAAAGAGUAAAAAAGAUGAUACACACAAAUUUGGGAGUUUAGAUGAUGAUUUUUGGGCAGUAGAUGACUUCCUUCCCAUUCCUUCCCGGUCAUUGAGUCAGUCGUUACCGCGAGUGCUCCAGGACUCGGAAAUCUCUCCUUUAAGAAAUUCAAAAAUUAACAGAGUUUCUAAAUUAGUGAAGCCUUACUUGAACAAAUAUGAUGCGAAUCAACCUGGAAGUCAGGUUGAAAUUGAUGGUCGUGCAUUAAAUAGUACUUUUUCAUCUGACACAGGUUAUGAGACUGAAUCUGCUGCUUCUGAUUAUAGGAGCAAAAGUGAAUUAGGUUUUAUUGAUGUAAAGAAAAUGUCUAAAAAAGGUUUUAAUUUGCAAGGUCUUUGUCCUCAAGAUCAACCUCUACCUCUGACACACAGUAAACAUUCCUCUUAUAGCCUACUCUCAGAGCUUAGCACACCUGUUGACACUGUUUCUGAACCUAUAACUCCACACACUAUAGCUGAUGAUACUGCUGAAUAUUUCAGCGUUUGUUCACAGCUAACGAACCCUGUACAUUCUUCAGUGGAUAAUAUGGUAAGCAAAUAUACUGGUGAAGAUACUCCUGAUUACUUAAGCAUUACUUCAGAUAUGCCUGGUGUUCCUAGACUACCAGAAGACAGUCCUUUAGCAGAUUUUGAGAUGCAGCAACUAUUCUCUGAUGAUGUACCUGAUACUCAGUCAAUGGAAUGCAGCACAGAGACGGUAGAAGCACCUGAUCAACCCACAGUUACUUCCGAAGACUCUCCAGAAAGUGGUGAGCCCUCUACUCUUGCUGAAACCCCAGCGACACUUACUAAAUCCAUGGUAGAAGAGGGGAUUGAUGACUGUGAGGAAACCCCAUCCUUGCAUGAACAGCUGUCUGGAAAACACAGCCCCUCAGGAGUCUCCACUUCUUCAGGUAGUUCUUCCAAUUCUGUGGGAAAUUCACCCUCCCAGGAAUUGGUGGAAAUAAAGUAUGUUCAGUUGUCACUGAGUAUAGUAUUAGCUAUUGUACUUCAUGCCAUGCAGAGUAUUUCACAGUUUAUGUUAGAAAUAUUCUUGGCCUCUGAUCAAGAGCCAAACUGGGAUUAAAAUUCUGGCCUUUUGAAUAAUUUGAUGGUAAGUAAUAAUCAAACAUUAGUUUGUAAUACAAAAUAGUGCAACUUGUCUUUAGAGAUUUAAGAUCACAAGACUAUACGUCCAGUAUAGAUUUUGAGUAGAAGUAAUGGCUAUUUUGGAUGGGAAAUAAGAUGCCUCUAGGGAAUGAGUGUUAAAUGAAAAAGGCUUGCAGUGGGCUUAGCUUGCGUAUCUACAUUGCAUGACUCAAGGUGUGUGUUCUUUAACAUUUGCUCUUGUGAUGCUUUACAUAGUAGAGUGCUAGCAAAAAGAUUAUACAAGAAAAUGGAAAGUUUUCUUUCUGAUAUAUAGCUGAUACCUUAAUACAUAGAUCCUGAAAUUUGAAUGAAUUAUUUAUGUAACCAUGUUAUUUCAAGCUGUUAAUUUCAAAACCGAUCUUAUUAUUGAAACACCCGUGAUUUUCAUCUAUAACUUUUAAUCAGGUAUAAAAUAAUAGGAAGUGAUUAUAUGCCAAAGAAUUCGUAGCAAUUUUCAAAUAUUUUUAUAACAGCUCUUUUAUGUAUUAUUGAGCACCUGUUGAAUAUGCAAUUGCAUAUUUCUUAGCGUAGCAAAUAAUUUUAUCCAACUUGAUGAAGAGGAGUCAGCUUUUUGUAUCAUUCCAAAGACUUAAUUGUUUAUAGAGUAUAUACGUUAUAUAAGCCAGGCUGUUAUGGCAUAGAUUGCUUAAUGAUUGAGUAAUUAUUAAGUGUACUGAUGGCUGGGAUGUUGAUACUAUGAGGUGUGUAUGUCUACACAAAUCUGCUACUGUUGAACAGGACCCUUCUGUGCUCUGCAUUUACCCAAAUCUUCAACUAAUUACGAGAAUUCUUUUCAUUAUGUUGUUAGCACAUGAAUUUAUUAGUUGAAAUAGAAGAUAUGUGCAUUUGUGACAGAUUUUCUGUUUUGCACAGGUAAACUGGACUUAUUUUUUAAAAACAUUCCAUGUCCAUAUCACUAUAUUUCCCAUAUCUAGUACUGUAAUUAUUUUUAUUGCUUUAUUGUUUAAUCAAAUGGUAAUUAUGCAGUUGUUGUAGAGAAUGGUUACUUUAGAUUUUAUGGCUGUGUUGAAUAGAAUAUAAAGUCGUUGGUUAAUAAAUUUAAUGGCAAAUUCAGAUCUGUCACAGCAGUCUGUGGUUUUAAAUUGGUAUAGGUUUGCUUUUUUAUUAGUUCUUUGUAAAGGAGACUUUAUGACUCCUUUGUGAAAUGGAAAAUACUAAAUGAUUUAGCAGAUAAGGUUUGAUAUUCAGACAUGAGAAAUAGAGAAAGACAUUGUGUUUUGUGUGACUUAGCAAGUUGCCAAUCAAAAUUUGUGUAUGAAUGAAAGGUAAUGAUAAACAAUGUCUACAGUACUGUUUGCUUCCAUUGUUAGAAGUGAUACUCAUAAUUAAUGAUAAUGAUAAAUUGAUUUCUUACCAGUCAGUUAAAGGCAGUAUUACUUAAUGUACUUUAAUAAUGAAAGUGAGUAUUAGAGAAAAAAAUGGUAAUUAGUGAUAUGUACCAUUGUGGUAUUUAUCAUGUGUAGAAUGCGUAACACCAACAGUCUCUUCCGCUAAUAUUAUAAGGCCACGAGAAGAAUGUUUUUAGGGUUAUUAAUAUCAUGGUGUGUUUGAUACAAAGAAACAUUAUGUUACUCUCGGCCUAGGUUAUAUAUAAAUAGGUGGUUGAGGUUUCAUUUUUUCAGUGUGUUUAUAAAGGUUAUCUGGUUAUUCAUUUUUAACAAAGAUCAAUGAAAGUCUAGUGUUAUCUCUGAAGUUUAUAUAUCAGAAGUUGUGUUGAAUGAAUGUCAGCUUCUCUGUGUCACUCAAUUAGAAUGUCUCAUUCUCAUCUUACUGCCAGUUUUUGUAGCUUAUGUACAUGGAGGUAUUGAUAAUGAAAAUGGAACUGCAUUCACCCCAGCCAUCAGCAUGAGGUUUAGCCAGAUAAUGAGAGUACAGUUUAGUGCUGUAUGAGUGUAAGUUGAUGCUCAUAACCAUAAGUUCACUUUAUUUGGGUUAUGGUUGGAGAAUAUUGAUUUCUUUUUCCUUCCCUUUUCUUCUGUGGUAUAUGUGCAAGACAAAAAAGAAAAAAUGUAUAUUGGUGUUUUAGCUGAUCUUGAAUUAUAUAUACAUACAUAUAUAUGAUAUAAAUGAAUAUUUGUAUAAUGUGUCCCCAUCUGAAUGCAUUUCUGGAAGUGAUUGCUAAGCAUUUGUUUGAUUCUAUGAGAACUUACCUGUCAUAAUCCUUUUGUAUUUUUUUUGUGUCAUUUAGCUAGGUUACUUGUGAUUUUUUCCACAUUUUGUUCCUAGAAACUUCACUGGAUGUAUAAUGGAAGGGUAUGCUGAACAUAUGCAUUUCAUACUUUGUUGCCAAAUACUGAAUACUGUUACUGCAUUUUCUCCUUAUCAUUACAUAUAUUUAUGGCAUAAUACCUGCAUACACAAUACUUUGCCUGACACAUUCUGCUUCCAAUUUGAUGUAUUUCCUGUAUUUCUUUGGCCUCUUGCAGCUUUCUAAAACAUCUACUUACCUUCUUUGUCUUUCCUCUUUUUAUUUGACAUGUUUACUAUUUAAUUAUAUUUGCUUAUCCCUUGCAUAUUUUGUUCAGCAAUGUGAUAGGUUUGCUUCUUCCAAGUUUUAAGAAUUGUAAAUUUAUACAUAUUCCAUACUGUAAUUUGUGCUUCUGAUAGCAUUAGGUGGAGUUAUGGGAUUAAAGUCUGAAUUUGUGUCCAGAUGAAGAUCUUGUGUUUAAAUGACACUGAGACUCCAUUUGGUUACCAAAUGCUUUGUUAUAUUUUGUUUAUUGGUAGAGUGCUUUUUUGUAUCAUAUGGCUUGCUUAUGAUAUCCUUUUGUUUUUGUUUUUAUUUGUUACUCCAGUCAAAAGUGACUUGACGAGAAGUUUUUCUGUAUUUUUACUUUUAUUUAUUAUAUAGAUAAAGCACAAUAAAUGGCUGAUUUAUACACCAUGAAUAAUCCA